UCGGCCUGAAGAUGGCCGUGCUCAGGCAGCUGGUGCUCCUGCUCUGGAAGAACUACACUGUGCAGAAGCGCAAAGUCCUGGUGACCGUCCUGGAGCUCUUCCUGCCCUUGCUGUUCUCUGGGAUCCUGAUCUGGCUCCGCUUGAAGAUCCAGUCGGAAAACGUGCCCAAUGCCACCAUCUACCCUGGCCAGUCCAUCCGAGAGCUGCCCCUGUUCUUCAGCUUCCCGCCUCCGGGCGAUGCCUGGGAGCUCGCCUACAUCCCGUCCCAGAGCAACGCCGUGAAGACCAUCACGGAGAUGGCGCGGAGGAUGCUGGUCAUCAACAUGAGAGCUCGCGGCUUUCCCUCGGAGAAGGACUUUGAGGACUACAUCAAGUACGACAACCGCUCCUCGAAUGUGCUGGCCGCCCUGGUGUUCGAGCACACCUUCAACCACAGCGGGGAGCCCCUGCCGCUGGCGGUGAAAUACCACUUACGGUUCAGCUACACACGAAGAAACUACAUGUGGACCCAAACAGGCUCCUUUUUCCUGAAAGAGACGGAGGGAUGGCACACCACUUCGCUCUUCCCACUUUUCCCAAACCCAGGACCAAGGGAGCCCGCGUCCCCCGACGGUGGAGAACCUGGGUACAUCCGCGAAGGCUUCCUCGCUGUGCAGCAUGCAGUGGACAGGGCCAUCAUGCAGUACCACGCCAACGCCUCCAUGCGUCAGCUGUUUGAGAAGCUCACCGUGAUCGCGAAGAGGUUCCCUUACCCCCCUUUUAUUUCGGACCCCUUCCUGGUCGCCAUCCAGUACCAGCUCCCCCUGCUGCUCAUGCUGAGCUUCACCUACACCUCGCUCACCAUCAUCCGGGCCGUCGUGCAGGAGAAGGAGAGGAAGCUGAAGGAGUACAUGCGCAUGAUGGGGCUCAGCAGCUGGCUGCACUGGAGCGCCUGGUUCCUCCUCUUCUUCUUCUUCCUCCUCGUGGCGGUCUCCUGCGUGACCCUGCUGUUCUGCGUCAAGGUGAAGAAGGAUGUGGCUGUGCUCACUCACAGCGACCCCUCGCUGGUGCUGGUCUUCCUGCUGUGCUUUGCCACCUCAUCCGUCUCCUUCAGCUUCAUGGUCAGCACCUUCUUCAGCAAAGCCAACAUGGCAGCCGCCAUAGGGGGCUUCCUCUACUUCUUCACCUACAUCCCAUACUUCUUCGUUGCUCCCCGAUACAACUGGAUGACUCUCAGCCAGAAGCUGCUCUCCUGUCUCCUGUCCAAUGUUGCCAUGGCGAUGGGAGCCCAGCUCAUAGGAAAAUUUGAAGCAAAAGGUGUGGGUGUCCAGUGGCGAGACCUCCUGAGUCCUGUCAAUGUGGACGAUGACUUCUCCUUCGGGCAAGUGCUGGGCAUGCUGCUGCUGGACUCUGUCCUCUACGGCCUGGUGACCUGGUACGUGGAGGCCGUGCUCCCAGGGCAGUUCGGCGUGCCCCAGCCCUGGUACUUCUUCGUCAUGCCCUCGUACUGGUGUGGGCACCCGCGGACGGUUUUGGGAAAAGAAGAGGAAGAUGGUGACCCAGAGAAAGCGCUCAGAACGGAGUACUUUGAGGCUGAGCCGGAGGACCUGGUGGCCGGGAUCAAGAUCAAGCAUGUGACCAAGGUGUUCAGAGUGGGGAACAAGGGCAAGGCGGCAGUCAGAGAUUUGAACCUGAACCUGUAUGAGGGGCAGAUCACAGUGCUACUGGGCCACAACGGCGCGGGGAAGACCACCACCCUCUCCAUGCUCACAGGUCUCUUUCCCCCGACGAGCGGACGGGCGUAUAUCAACGGGUACGAGAUUUCACAAGACAUGGUUCAGAUCCGCAAGAGCCUGGGCCUCUGCCCACAGCACGAUGUGCUGUUCGACAACCUGACCGUUGCAGAACACCUGUAUUUCUACGCACAGCUGAAGGGCUUGUCCCGUCAGAAGUGCCCUGAAGAAGUCCAGAGGAUGCUGCACGUCCUCGGUCUGGAGGACAAGCAGGACUCCCUGAGCCGGUUCCUGAGUGGGGGCAUGAAGCGCAAGCUCUCCAUCGGCAUCGCCCUCAUAGCGGGCUCCAAGGUGCUGAUGCUGGACGAGCCCACCUCGGGCAUGGACGCCAUCUCCAGGAGGGCCAUCUGGGACCUCCUGCAGCAGCACAAGAGUGACCGCACCGUGCUGCUGACCACGCACUUCAUGGACGAGGCUGACCUGCUGGGGGACCGCGUGGCCAUCAUGGCCAAGGGGGAGCUGCAGUGCUGCGGGUCCUCGCUGUUCCUCAAGCAGAAGUAUGGUGCAGGCUACCACAUGACGCUGGUGAAGGAGCCUCACUGCGACCCUGAGGCCAUCUCCCGGCUGGUGCAGCACCACGUUCCCAGUGCCACGCUGGAGAGCAGAGCUGGCUCAGAGCUGUCCUUCAUCCUCCCCAAGGAGAGCACGCACAGGUUCGAAAGUCUGUUUGCAAAGUUGGAGAAGCAGCAGAAGGAGCUGGGGAUCGCCAGCUUCGGGGCCUCGGUCACCACCAUGGAGGAGGUCUUCCUCCGGGUCGGCAAGCUGGUGGACACAAGCAUGGACAUCCAAGCCAUCCAGCUCCCUGCCCUGCAGUACCAGCACGAGAGGCGGGCAAGCGACUGGGCUGUGGACAGCCACCUGUGCGGGGCCAUGGACCCAACCAACGGCGUGGGCUCCCUGAUCGAGGACGAGUGUACCACCGCCCAGCUCAACACUGGGCUCGCCCUGCACUGCCAGCAGUUCUGGGCCAUGUUCCUGAAGAAGGCCACAUACAGCUUGCGCGAGUGGAAGAUGGUGGUGGCCCAGGUCCUGGUCCCGCUGACGUGCGUCACGCUGGCCCUCCUGGCUGUCAACUACUCCUCAGAGACCUUCGACGACCCCAGGCUGGAGCUGACCCUGGGCCCGUACGGCCGAACUGUCGUGCCCUUCGCUGUUCCAGGGGCCUCCCGGCUGGACCAGCUGCUGGCAGAGCGUCUGAAAGACAUGCUGCAAGCUGAGGGCCAGGAGCCGCGGGAGGUGCUGGGUGAUCUGGAGGAGUUCCUGAUUUUCAGGGCCUCGGUGGAGGGAGGCGGCUUUAACGAGCGGUGCUUGGUGGCGGUGUCCUUCAGAGACGUUGGUGAGCGGACGGUGGUCACUGCCCUGUUCAACAACCAGGCAUACCACUCCCCGGCCACUGCACUGGCCGUCGUGGACAACCUUCUGUUCAAGCAGCUGUGUGGCCCCCGGGCCUCCAUCGUGGUCUCCAACUACCCCCAGCCCCGGAGCGCCCUGCAGGCUGCCAAGGACCAGUUCAACGAGGGCCGGAAGGGAUUCAACAUCGCUCUCAACUUGCUGUUUGCCAUGGCGUUCCUGGCCAGCACGUUCUCCAUCCUGGCAGUCAGCGAGAGGGCUGUCCAGGCCAAGCAUGUCCAGUUUGUGAGUGGGGUCCAUGUGGCUACUUUCUGGCUCUCCGCGCUGCUGUGGGACCUCAUGUCCUUCCUCGUCCCCAGUCUGCUGCUGCUGGUGGUGUUCAAAGCCUUCGACGUGCACGCCUUCACACGCGACGGCCACAUGGCGGAUGCCCUGUUGCUGCUCAUGCUCUAUGGCUGGGCCAUCAUCCCCCUCAUGUACCUGAUGAACUUCUUCUUCUCGGGAGCAGCCACUGCCUACACGAGGCUGACCAUAUUCAACAUCCUGUCAGGCAUAGCCACCUUCCUCAUGGUCACCAUCAUGCGCAUCCCAGCGGUCAAGUUAGAAGAGCUUUCCAGAACCCUGGACCAUGUGUUCCUGGUGCUGCCGAACCACUGUCUGGGGAUGGCGGUCAGCAGCUUCCACGAGAACUUCGAGAUGCGGAGGUACUGCACCUCCUCGGAGGUCGCAGCCCACUACUGCAGGAAGUACAACAUCCAGUACCAGCAGAACUUCUAUGCGUGGAGCGCCCCGGGGAUCGGCAGGUUCGUGACCUCCAUGGCAGCUUCUGGAUUUGCCUACCUCAGCCUGCUCUUCCUCAUUGAGACCGACACGCUGUGGAGGCUGAAGACCUGCCUCUGUGCCUUCUGGAGGAGGCGGGCACUGAUGGAAGCGUAUGCUCGGACGUCAGCACCUCCUGAGGACCAGGACGUGGUGGAUGAAAGGAACCGGGUCCUGGCCCCCAGCAUGGAUUCCCUGCUGGACACACCUCUGGUUAUCAAGGAGCUCUCCAAGGUGUAUGAGCAGACGAUGCCCCUGCUUGCCGUGGACAAGAUCUCCCUUGCAGUCCAUAAAGGGGAGUGUUUCGGCUUGCUGGGUUUCAACGGAGCCGGGAAAACCACAACUUUCAAAAUGCUGACGGGGGAGGAGACCAUCACAUCUGGGGACGCCUUUGUCGGGGGCUACAGCAUCAGCUCUGAAAUUGGGAAGGUGCGGCAGCGGAUCGGCUACUGCCCCCAGUUUGACGCUCUGCUGGACCACAUGACGGGCCGGGAGACGCUGGUCAUGUACGCCCGGCUUCGGGGCAUCCCGGAGCGCCACAUCGGCGCCUGCGUGGAGAACACGCUCCGGGGCCUGCUUCUGGAGCCGCACGCCAACAAGCUGGUCAGGACGUACAGCGGUGGCAACAAGCGGAAGCUGAGCACAGGGAUCGCCCUGCUUGGAGAGCCUUCGGUCAUCUUCCUGGAUGAGCCAUCCACUGGCAUGGACCCCGUGGCCCGGCGCCUGCUCUGGGACACUGUGGCACGGGCCCGAGAGUCCGGCAAGGCCAUCGUCAUCACCUCCCACAGCAUGGAGGAAUGCGAGGCCUUGUGCACCCGGUUGGCCAUCAUGGUGCAGGGUCAGUUCAAGUGCCUGGGCAGCCCACAGCACCUCAAGAGCAAGUUUGGCAGCGGCUACUCCCUGCGGGCCAAGGUCCGGAGCGACGGGCAGCAGGGGGCGCUGGAGGAGUUCAAGGCGUUUGUGAACCUGACCUUCCCAGGCAGCGUCCUGGAAGAUGAGCACCAAGGGAUGGUCCAUUACCACCUGCCUGGGGAUGACCUCAGCUGGGCCAAGGUGUUUGGUGUUCUGGAGAAGGCCAAGGAGAAGUACGCCGUGGACGACUACUCCGUGAGCCAGAUCUCAUUGGAGCAGGUCUUCCUGAGCUUCGCCCACCUGCAGCCACCUGCCGAGGACGAGGGGCCAUGAGAAGCCAGCAGGCGUGGGGCAAGUGGCCGCACAGGCAGGCGUCCUCCCUCUCCGAGUUCAUCUUCUCCUGCACCUUUAUUUCCAAUCACUGUUUUCUAUAAUGGACGCGAGAAUCAAGGCACAGUGGGGACCAGGAUGUCGAAGCCCUCGCGCUGGGAAUCAGCAUGCGAACAUCCAUGUCCAAGGCAGUGGCCAGAGCCCCUCUCUGGAACUCGGGACCCAGCAAAAGCAGCCCCGCAGCCCGUGCGGGUGAGCCUUGGGGUCUCUGGGCAGAGAGCCCCUCGGGAAGGGGCUGCAGCCGACCUGGGGGUUGCAUUUCCUCAAGUGCUCACAAGACGAGCACCAGUAACACCCCCACGUCUGCACACAGCAUGGAGCCUCCCUGGGGCGACACGGGGAGCCAGCAGGACAGCGGGCAGCAGGGCUCGCCAGGCUGCCCGGAAUGGAGAGAAUGUCGCCUGUGGCCGUCCACGAGGGAGGUGCUGGCUGUGACCACACUCUGUGAUCUUGGCUUCCGG